CCACCCUGGCCCCGCCCCUCGGGGCCGCUCAGCCAAUAGGAUGGCCUCUUGGAUUAUCCCGUCGGUAUAAAGCCUGAGGAUGCUGAGGCUGCGGGAAGAGUCCUGACUCCCACCCAGACCCGAGAACCGGAACAGAACCGGACCGGACCUUCGCUGAAGUGACAGGCAUGGAACACUCCAAACCCCCCGCAGCCCAGUUCCCCAAAGCCGACAAGAAGGAGUCCGGCUCCGGGGACGCGUCUUCCGCCUUUAACGGACACUUUGCCGGGCCGGUGAAGCGCACCGGGGCUCCGGCCGCGGACCGACCGGCCCCCUCCGCCUCCGCCUCCGUGAUGGAGAGCUGGAAGGAGGAGCGGACCCGCAGCGUGGAGGACAACGAGAUGAGCCUGCCGUCCCUGGCCGCAGCCUACACCACCAUCCUGCGGGGGCUGGGGGAGGACCCGCAGCGCCAGGGGCUCCUGAAGACCCCCUGGAGGGCCGCCACCGCCAUGCAGUUCUUCACCAAGGGAUACCAGGAGAAAAUUAUCGACGUACUGAACGACGCCAUCUUCGACGAAGACCACGAUGAGAUGGUGAUCGUCAAAGACAUCGACAUGUUCUCCAUGUGUGAACAUCAUCUGGUGCCCAUCUUCGGCAGGGUUCACAUCGGUUACCUCCCCAACAAGAGAGUUCUGGGUCUCAGCAAGUUGGCCAGGAUUGUGGAAAUCUACAGCCGUCGAUUACAAGUUCAGGAGAGGUUGACCAAACAAAUCGCCGUGGCGAUCACUGAGGCCCUGCAGCCAACCGGUGUGGGUGUGGUCAUCGAGGCAACGCACAUGUGUAUGGUGAUGCGCGGCGUUCAGAAGAUGAACAGUAAAACCGUCACCAGCACCAUGUUGGGAGUUUUCAGGGAAGAUCCCAAAACCCGAGACGAGUUUCUGACCCUGAUCCGGAGCUGAGGACCCUGGUCCUGGUGGUGGCCAUCCUCCUCCUGUUGCCUGGGGUUACCUCCUCCUGCCGGUCCAGCGGCCGGUCACCCUCAGUGUGUGUGUUUUCAGUCUGAGUGUGAAUGAGUGUGUGUUUUUCUGUUUUUCUUUGCUGUUCUCGGUGGUUUUUCUGGUCAGAGUUUGGAGCCUUCACCUCUGUGUGGGGACGUUGACACUGUUUGUUCCACAUGGACAGACAGACUUUAGCCGUUUGUCCACGAGUUUCCUGUGUGAGCGUUAGUCAAACAUCAGACUGAACAGGAACCGUCCCUGAUAAACCAACCCCAUCAGGUCCUUCUGGUCUCAGCUCCACAUGACCUGACAUCAGGUUUUUGUAGCUGCUUCGUGCUUCUCAGGUGGAUCGGGUUGGAUUUAUGUCGGGUUCAGACGCCGAUAAAAGGUCAGAAACUCAGAGACUUUACAAAACAAACAGCGUCAACAACACAGGCUUUGUCCCUGUGUCCUAGACUGAGGUCUGGAGGGCUUCAUGGGUUUUCUACGUUUCCAUCUUUUUUUUUUUUUGUGUGUUGUUUUUAAACAGAAGUGUCCAUACAGAGAGGUGAAUUAAGCUCCGCCCCUUCCACUGUGUCCCAACUUUAGACGAAGUGUGACACUGAUGACAAUGGCAAACCAAUUAUUCAUGUUUUGAUCCUGUUUUUUUUGCGUCUCCAUUUACACAUAUGAUGUUUGAAGAUUUAAAACGUACUUUUAUGAGGCAAGAAAGUCACAAUUUGUUAAAACAAACAAACAAA